ACGUUUUUCAUAUGAAUGCAUUUAAAUAAAGCAUUGAAUUAAUCUUUUAUUUUAUCUUCAUUUUAUUUGAUUUGAAAACUCAGAGUAUUGUAGCUGUUCUAUGCUCAAACAUAUUCAUACCGACCAACAUUCGUCUACUUUUCUGAAUUGCUCUUGAAAUUAAUGUCCCUAUACGAUUCAUAAGCACAUAAGAGUAUUCUUUAGUAACUAAUUUCAAAAAUCUAAAAAGUUUUACGAAUAUUCAUUUACUAACAAUUUUUCGUCGAUGAUAUAUUCUUCCCUACACUAAAAUUAUUGAACUGUGAACAGUAAUUAUCCAACGCAAAGAGCCUUCAAGACAAGAAGAAAAGCAACUAUUUACUUCAAAAAAACGAAACGACAAGUUUAACGACUAGAUAUUUCUUCGUGUUGGCAUCGAAAAAAAUACACAAAGAAGUAUACCCCAAGUAAAAAACAAUAGUCAUCUAAAUUUUAUCAUUGUUUUACUAUUAAAACUUAAUUCAUCGUCGUUGCUUGUGACAUUAUCGAUAAAAUUAAAUAAAGGAUGACAAAAGAAGUUUGAACGCUUGAAUCAUAAAGCAAAUAGAGUCAAGCGAUUUCGAUAAAUAUGUCAAAUCAAGAACAUUCUUUUUAUUGUUGCUAUUUAAUUCAGUCUAAAAAAACCGCUUCUAGUAGAUCUCUCUAUAUUGGUUCAACACCUAAUCCAAUUCGACGCCUUCGACAACACAACGGUGAACUACAAGGAGGAGCCUGGAAAACGAGGAACGGACGACCGUGGAUCGUACUUUGCCUAGUACAUGGAUUUCCUAACAAAACUUCAGCGCUACAGUUUGAGUGGAUUUGGCAACAUCCCAAUUUGUCUAGACACACAAAAGACAAUCAAGAAAGUAUCAAGAGAACGUUGAGCAUAAACAGCUCUCUAAAUUCUCUACAAAAAAUUGUUUCCUCUAACGGAUGGAAAAGAUGGCCUCUCGAGAUAACCUUUUUUUCCCAGCAUGCUUUCGAACGAUGGAACAUAAUAAGCAAAGGGAACGCUUCUGUGAAAUUUAGCAUGGAAGAACGGAAUCUUAUCGACUUCUAUAAUCAAAUUUUUGAAGAAGAACUUAUCAAAUUUCCUUCAAAGAAUAAAGCGAGUUGUAAAUCCACGUGUGAUAUAUGCCUCUGUGAACUUUGCGAAGAUGAUUCAUUGCUUUAUUGUUUGUACGACGACUGUGACAUGACGAGUCACACUACAUGUUUAGCAAGCCAUUUCUUAACUGGUGAAGAACAUAUCUUGCCAGUUUUGGGACGCUGUAUUCUAUGCUUGCGAUCUCUUCAAUGGAAUAAACUCAUUAAAAGCAUUCAAAGAAAGGACAUCGAUGAUAAUAACACUGUACACGUAAGUCUUGGCAAGGAAUAGAGACUAGAAUUCCUCUUCCAUUAGUAUUUUGCUUAAUAAAAUGCGUUCAGGUUAAUACUCAUAGAAAGUUAUCUACAACGGACAAACCAGCAUCCGUAGGGCCUACUUGCAUAGGCGUAACACCACAAGAAUUCCAUAAAUCAAUAACUUUUUCGAUUUGAUGUUUGUCAUUUUGUAAGACGCAAAACUGAGCGUCAAACCCACCUGCACCAGGAACACCAGUUCCUACUACGCCAUCAAUGGCUUCAAGUUUAUCAAGGACCUUAGACUGAGCUUCAGGCUCAAUGUCCACAUUUGCUAGAGAAGUCAAUGAUUGAAGAAUCUUUCUUAUAGAUUGAAAAUGAUUACGCAAAUCGGUGGAAGACUUUGUCGCUGACAUGAACAGAUGUUGUAAUGCAGAGACGUGACUAUACAGAUCAUUGAAGAGCUUCUCAGAAUCUUUGUUUUCUUUUUGCCAUUUUUGAACCUUUUUUACCAUUCCUGGUGUACCACUUCCACCUGCAACAUCGCCCAUGAGCAAACGAUAAUGUGAAGGUAAAGUAAAAGGCUUUACAGGAGACCAUUCCUUCUGUACUACCUGCCUUAGAUCACCAGAAAAAUGUUCACCUGUCAAUUGGUAGGUGGGAUCCACAAGCAAAUGCUGAAUAAGUUGAGGGUCAAAUCGACGAUAAAUGCAACUACCCCAGACAGCCGCACCUACAUCAAACCCGCUACCAACUUUACCUUGAGCAGCACAGUGAGCAAUUUGGCUUAGAUUGUGAAUUAUCGUUUUUGUAGGUAUGGUCAAUUGUGGUUGAGCUGAAUCCUUGCCAGUUAGUUGACUCAAUGUUAAAAAGACAGAGCUUAUGAAGCUUGUAAUCAUAGCCGCUGAACUUCCAAGACCGGUUUUUUUUACUUCAUGUAGUUUGCAAUUAAGAAAAUUGAACUUGGGGUACGAAUGUAAGUCUUUUGGUAAUUCUGGUUGAUGAUAGUAGCUGUUAUCUACUUGAAUGAUGACAUUCAGGUCUCUCCAAUCCUCAGGUUGCUUUCCGGAAGGGAAGAUGUAGUUCAGGACGUAGAAUAAAGCAAGCUGAACAAAUGGAUUAGGACUUUGCUUAUCGUUUUGUUGGAAAACUUGGAUCGGGGAAGAAUGCCAGUCGACCGUAUAUGACCAUUCAGCAUCAAUAAAUUGAGGACUAUUUACAUGAAUAAGUCCUUGACGACUUGACGAGGUGGUUGUCGUCGCAUAACCUUUAGCGUCUAAACCCACAACAAGGCCACUAUACUGAGGAUCAAGGACAAUGUAUCCACCGGC